CUUUUCGUUGCAUAUGUAACUACGACCAUACAAGAGUAGGACUGUGUUUUUUCAUUUUUUUUCGCGAUGAAAUUAACUGAUAUAGACCAGGGAUAUUCUUGGGUAAUACUGUUUUUUUGCACAAUUAAUUAUUCAAUUGUUGCUGGCGCUAUGAAGUCUAUUGGAGUUUUGUAUACAGAAUUGUUAGAUUAUUACGACGCUGGCACUGGAAAUACAGCCUGGAUAUCCGGAGUUAACAUAUUUGUUGCCCUUGCACUAGCACCAUUUGCAAACUUUUUUGGAGAAAGAUAUACAUAUCGAGCAGUUAUGAUUACUGGGAGCUGUCUCAUUUUGAUAGGUCACACUUCCAGUGCAUUUGUACCUAACAUAGAGACUCUCUACUUUACAUAUGGAAUAGUUACAGGGACUGGAUAUUCACUUAUAAUGGCUCCAAGUGCAACCGUUAUGAAUUUUUAUUUUAAAGAUAAAAGAAGUUUUGCUAAUGGGGUAAUGGUAGGCAGCAGUGGAUUUUGUGGUAUGGGAUUUCCAUAUCUUUACCGAUUCUUAUUUGAUAAAUUUAAUUUGCAUGGUGCCUUAUUGAUAAUUGGUGCUUUAUUCUUUAAUACAUGUGCUGCAAGUUUAUGUUUGCGUCAACCACCAAUGCUUACAAAAAGAAAAAGGAUAAGAGAAGAAAGAAGAGAAUCAUUGAUUAAUAUGUCAGCGGAAGACAGAAAAAGAAUUGUAAAGGUUGGACUAUUCCAAAACCAAAGGUUUACUGUCUACCUUAUGGCGGUAUGUUUUCAACUUGCCAAUUUUGGUGGAAAUCUUGUUGCACUUCCGGGACAAGUUCGAUCGCUUCAGUUGGGAAAAGAAACAAUUGCACUUUCUGUUUCAUUAGUUGGUGCAUCAGAAAUUGUAUGCAGAAUAUUUUUAGGAUGGGUAGGCGACUUGAACAUCAUGAAACGAACUACAAUAUUAAUGAUAUGUUCUUUAGGCAGUUGUUUGUCAGCAAUUUGCAUUCCGUUUGUAUUAUGCCAGGAGUCAUUAUUCGUGUAUGCAGUACUUGUGGCUUUAUUUUCUGGAUCUGCAUGGAGUUUAGUUGGAGUAAUAGUGAUAGACUGUGUAGGACUUAAUGACUUUUCACCUGGCUUUGGACUUGUGUACAUGGGUGUAGCUAUAUCCACCUUAUUAACCCAACCUCUUGCAGGUUGGUUGGAGGACAUUACGGGUAACUGGGAUAUGUCUUUUCGAUUUAAUGGUUUCCUAAGUGCGGCUGCCUUCAUACUUUGUUUAUUUGAAUAUUUAUUCGGCAACAUAUGUUGUAAUAAGAUGGUAUCGGAAGAGAAAUCCAAUGUCUGCAAAAAGACUGCAUUCAAUGAAGUAGUUUUGCAGUGUACAGAAAAGGAAAAGGAAAAGGAAAAGGAAAAAGAAAACACUAGAUUCUAAACGUUUUUAAGAUGUUUAGAAAUAUUUUUUUUGAUAGAAACGAAAACUGGUUUUAAAAUCUAGACCCGUAUGCAUAAAGCUACUGAAGUUAAGAUAUCCAAUCGUAAAACUAAUUUAUCGUAGGACAUGUAGAAAAAAUCCGUCCGUUCGGAA